AUGAAAGUUAAUUACAAACAGUUGCCUAUAAAGGCACAUUACUUUUUCUUCAUGGCAGCAAUGGGACCGAUUCUUCCAUUCUUCCCAGUCUAUGGGAAGCAGCUUGGAAUAUCAGCAAUAGUUAUGGGCAGCAUCACAGCCAUUCUGCCUAUAUUGUUUCUAAUUGCUAAGCCAGCUUUUGGAUUUCUAGUGGAUUAUUUUGACUCCUGGAGAAAAGCUAUUUUUGUAACAUUAAUAGGAGCAACAAGUACUUGCUUUAUCUGUAUGUAUUUCUUACCAGUACUUCCUGGACCGGUUCUACCAAACCAUAUGUUUGAAAAUGUGUCAUGUACCUUGUUAUCGCAUUGUUCACCAGAGGACAUUUCAAAACCAAAUUUAUGUACUGGAGCAAAGAAUACAAUGUGCCAUUGGACUUGUAUGGAGAACAAAUUUUCUGUUCCAAUACAGUUUGAAGCAAUUAAAGGAGAAGCAAGCUUUACUGCAAAUACUACAUGUUUAGCUAACGCGAACGCGACUUCCUAUUGCCUGAAAAACAAUAAAUGUAAUGUUACCUGUGAUAAUUUUGAUGACAAGCAAUGUCUUUAUACAUCUGCAACUUUCUGGGGCUACAUCAUUUUAAUGUCCCUUGGAAAUAUUGGCUUCAAUGUUUGCAAUAGUAUAAGCGAUGCAAUUUGUUUCGAUAUACUAGGAGAUGGUGGCGAAAUGGGGUACGGUAGGCAACGUGUGUGGGGGACCAUAGGCUUUGGAGUGUCUGCUCUUUUGGCUGGUUAUACAGUAGAUGCUUGGUCAGAAGGAGAAAUUAUAAAAACUUAUACACCUGCGUUUCUACUCAUUUUUGCCUUUUCGUUCGUCGAUAUACUCUGCUGUAAGAAAUUGAAACUACCAAUUAUGGCGGGGUCGGAUAAUAUAUUAAAAGAUGUUUUUCAGCUUCUAAAGUUGAAACCCAUAAUUAUAUUUCUCUGCUUCGCGACAAUCGCUGGUAUUCUGGACAGCUUCAUAAUUUACUUUUUAUUUUGGUAUUUAGAAGAUCUAGCUCUAGCGACUGGUCACAUGAGUAAAAUCAAAUUGAUAGAAGGAUUAAUUGUCGCCGCAGAAACUUUAGGUGGCGAAGUAAUCUUCUUUUCCUUGUCUGGUAAAAUUCUAAAGAAGUUAGGAUUUGGAUACACUUUUACGUUCUGUUUCGUAUGUUAUGCAUUGCGAUUGGGAUUAAUAUCAUUGGCACCCACUCCGUGGUGGGUAAUUCCAAUAGAAUUGUUUAUGCAGGGACCUACUUAUGCGCUAUGUUACACGACAAUAGUUGCAUAUGCGAGUAAGGUUGCACCACCCGGUGCAUCAGCCACUGUUCAGGGUAUUGUAGCUGGCAUGGAUGAUGGUUUUGGUUUCGCGAUUGGUAGUCUAAUAGGUGGAAUUUUAUAUAAACUCUUCGGAGGUGUAACAACGUUACGGUUAUUUUCAUCGCUUGCCGCUAUAACUGCAUUCAUGUACUUGAUACUAUACGUGGUGUACUUAAAACACACAAUGCCAGACACAAAGAAGACUGUAGAAUGGAAAACGCCUCAAGAAGCAAAAGACAAAUGCGUCGUCGCGGAAACAUAACUCUACAAAGACAUGAAUGAAUACUUAUGUC